AUGUUGGAUUCUCUGCUGCGAGAUGCACCGCGAACCUUCACGAGGCUGGUCGGCCGACCCCCGGCUGGUCUGCAGGUCGGCGGGAGGAGGGCAUUGGCGUCGGCAAAAAAGUUGACGACGCCGUCGAUGCUGGCGGUGGCGAGCGAUGUUGCACGGCAGCUGGACGAGACUGGUGUAUGGAGACGGCGUAGGGGACGCCAAAAGGCCGACGCCCUGCGGGUUGUCGAGCCACGCAGGGUCAACAUCGUGAGCGAGCCCCUUUGCGGUACGUCUUUGGUCCGACGGCCUUUGCGGAACGGUUCUGCUGGAGAGAUGCUGACGGGCGAGCGAGCAGACGAUAUCAUCAAGUACAUUGGGACAUCGCUCGAACGGCACCGCGGAUGUGAUCUCGUCGACUUGAACCCCGGAGCUGGUGUCUGGAGCCGAAAGUUGCACGACUUCCUCGAACCGCGCCGGCAUGUCAUGAUGGACCUCGAUGCCGACCUCUACCGCCCCUUCUUGACCGACCUCCUCGCCAAGAACGACAAGGUUCAUCUGAUAGCCAAGUCCGGCAUCAUCUGGAAGGACCUGCUGGAGAUGAUUCGUACCCAGCUCUCCGGGCAGGAGGAGAUGCACAAGGACAGCCACAACCGCAACGACACUCUUCUCGUCACGGCAAACCUCUCGACGUUCCCCAAAAAGGCCUACAACGGGUUCGAUAGCAUCAGCACCAUGGUCAUGUACCAGCUCAUGUCGAGCAUCCGGACCUCGUCACUCUUCCAGCGCUAUGGUCUGGUCCGCAUGCUUGUCUGGGUCAACGACGAGGACAAGCGCAGGCUGCUGCCUCGUUCCAUCAACCGUCGCAGGCGCAGCGCCUUCGAGGCCGAGCUGUCGUGCGACUGGAUACACGAGGUCGCCGGGCUCGAUGCCGAGGUCGAGGAUCGCUACGCGCUGCGCGACGAGUGGAUCAACAAGGAGUCGGCCUACAACACGCUCGAGCGCAUGGCCGCCCGAGGAUUGACGAUGCCCAACGGUCGCGAGACGUUGGCAUACACGAACGCGGCGGCAGAACCGUCCCUGAUGGGCAAGAAGCUCGCCGGCCUUCAUCCGCCGACCUUGUCGCGACCCUUCAAGCAGGAGCUGGAGGACCUCGAACAGGCGCUCGGCAGAGCAAAGUCCGCCUCGGCCCCGAGCCGACUCAAAGCACUGCGACAGCGAGAGAAGUACGACAGGGAGGACGGUCUGACGUACCUCGGCCUCCUUCAGGAGCACGAGGCGAUAUCGACAUCUGGUAUGAACCGUGGCUCGUCCACAUCGGACUUUGCGACCGCCGACGCGGCUUGGAACGAUCGGAUCGAUAAUCUCAAAAAGAAUGCACGCAACGAGUUCAACACCAUCCGGGACGGCUAUCACCUCUUCCGCCAGGACCCCCCCGCCCUCCUGUGGGACCGGCGCGCGUACGAGCCGCUCUCGAUCCGAGCCGACGAGUUCUUCCCCAACGCGCCGACGGCCCUGCUGGACAUCCAGCCCAAGGCCAUGCACGCCCUCUUCCGCCAGCAUGGUCCGUCCAGCACCCGCUCCGGAGACAUGUCCGAGGUCAUGCUGCGCUAUUGGUUCCACAACACCCUGCUUCCCGUCCGCAGAGCCAUGGAAGGCCUCUGGGCCGGCUUCGGCGACCUCGUCGAAAAUUGCCCCAGUGUGCGUGACCAUGGACGCGGCGGCACGCCCAUGACAGGUCACGGCGCCCUCACCGCCCGCUCCUUGAACGAGGCACAGUGGGCCGAGAUUAUGCAGGCCUGGAUGGACUGGCCUUUCCGCCCAACCUACAGCCAGAUGCUGGGCCGGCUGGUCGAGGAUGUGGACGCGGACGCGGACGACGACGACGUCAAGUCUAGCGCAGGAGGAUUGGCGUUUUGA